AGUGUAUACCUGGCUGUAUGAGUGUGUGUGUAAGAGGGAGCUGAAGAAUAUUAAUUAAACUGAUAUUAAUGAAGGAAAGGCUGAUUUGAGGCUGGUCACUGAGCGGAUCACCGGUUCAGGUGUUGAAAGGUGAUGAAGGCGCUGAUUGGCUGAGCUGGGCUCGCGCUGGACUUCGCCCUACCUGAGCAGUAAAGCGGAAGUGGAGCCAGUGAUGGCGCUGCGGACAGGGCGCUGUUUACACUUUCUCUGUCUCUCUCUCUCUCUCUCUGCGGGUGAAAGUUAAAGCCUGAACUCUGGGUUUAUCGUGUUACCGGUGUUUCUGAGGUUUUGAGGAGGUUCUGAGGAAGUUUUGAGAGGUUUUAGAGCUGCUGGAGGAAGGAGAGCUGAGGGGAACAGGUGUCUCCGGCUCUCUGAAGCUGAAGAUGAAUGAAUCAUUGGUGGAGAUCGGUAACAUCACACGGACGAUGGCUUCAGACAGCAGCGUGCAGGACUCAGCUCCUCAGUCAUCAUCAUCUCUGCUGCUGUCGAACUUCACUCGCAUGUCCAACCUGACGGUAGUGAUAUCGAAGAACGGGACGCCGGAGGAGGACCAGAUCUUCCUGAACACGACUGCAGCUCAGGCUCUCUCUGGGAUUUUUGUUUGGUCUGCUUUGCUCAUCACUUGUCACCAGAUCUAUUCCCACCUGAGGUCGUACACAGUACCGAAUGAGCAGCGAUACAUUUUACGCAUCCUGUUCAUCGUCCCCAUCUAUGCCUUCGACUCCUGGCUCAGCCUCCUCUUCAUCAGUAACAACCAGUACUACGUCUACUUCGACUCGGUGCGGGACUGCUAUGAAGCGUUUGUGAUCUACAAUUUUCUGAGCCUGUCCUUCGAGUAUCUGGGGGGAGAGAGUGCCAUCAUGGCAGAAAUACGAGGGAAGCAAAUUCAGUCCAGUUGCCUGUAUGGUACCUGCUGCUUGGCUGGAAUGAGUUAUUCCAUUGGUUUCCUCAGAUUCUGCAAACAGGCUACUCUUCAGUUCUGUGUCGUGAAACCAAUCAUGGCCGUCAUCACCAUCCUCCUGCAGGCCUUUGGGAAAUAUCACGAUGGGGAUUUCAACGUGACGGGAGGUUACCUCUACAUCACCAUCAUCUAUAACGUCUCUGUGAGCCUGGCCUUGUAUGCCCUGUUCCUCUUCUACUCCGCCACCAGUGACCUCCUGAGACCUUAUGAACCUGUGCUCAAGUUUCUCACCAUCAAAUCAGUCAUCUUCCUGUCCUUCUGGCAAGGCAUGGUUCUGGCCAUCCUGGAGCGCUGUGGGGUGAUUCCAGAGGCGCUGGUCAUAGACGGCCACCAGGUGGGUGCAGGAACAGUGGCAGCCGGCUGGCAGAACUUCAUCAUCUGCAUCGAGAUGUUCUUCGCCUCUAUCGCUCUUCGCUAUGCCUUCACAUACAACGUAUACCAGCAGAAGAAGAGUCACGCCCCAGAUAACGUCGCCCCCAUGCACAGCAUCUCCAGUGGACUGAAGGAGACCAUCAACCCCGGAGACAUGGUCCAGGACGCCAUCCACAACUUCUCACCAGCCUACCAGCAGUACACGCAGCAGUCCACUCAGGAGGUGGUGCAGCCCAGCCAGAACGGCAAGCCCGGCAAGCCCGGCCCCAGUGUCACCAAGAGCCCGAAGAAGUCGGACAAGAUCAUGCUGAUCGAUACGGACGACGAGUUUUAAUACGAAGCAGCUCACAGUGAAGAAGCUUGGACAGGACUAUUUUGAGACAUUCUUCUGUGUGUUCUGCUUCAGAUGAUUUACUUAAUCCUGACUUGUUCUGGGUCUUUUUUAGCCCCCCUUCCCUUAAUGUGGACGAUAAUGAGCAAUAAUGGACAUCCUCUCCACUCGAUUCCUGUAAAAGCACGAAAAGGGAGGGAGGGUCUUUUUUUUAGCCCCUUUACCCCCUUUAUUAACAAAUGCAUAUUCAUAUGGACGAUAAUGGAUGAUAAUGGACGAUAGUGGACAAUAAUGGGCGAUAAUGGACAACCACCCCACUCGAUUUCUGUGAAAGCAUGAAAACAGCAGAGGAUCACUGGUUUGAAUCCUGUAUCAUGCUGCAUCAGCAGCCGAAGUCAGAGAGAGCACUAUUGGACACUAUUGAACAUCUAUUGGCUAAAGAAUGAGAGCUGGGGCUCUGGCGCUUUCCUCUAAGUUGGCGUCGGCUACCCAGUGAUUCUGUAUCAGUUGGAAAAGAGGCGGGAUUAGUGGGUUGGGUGUAAUUAGCCUUCUGAAUUCAGGGAGAGAAAUGGGAUAAUUUUUUUAAAACAUUUUAAUUAUUUGGGUCUUUUUUAGCCUCCUUCACCCCCUUUAUUAACAAAGGCAUAUUAAUAUGCAUAAUAAUGGACGAUAAUGGACAUCCACCCCACUCGAUUCCUGUGAAAGCAUGAAAAAACAGAGGAUCACUGGUUUGAAUCUUGCAUCGUGCUGCAUCAGCAGCCGAAGUCAGAGAAAGAACUGACAUCUAUUGGCUAAAGUAUCAGAGCUGGGGCUCCAGAGCUUUCCUCUAAGUUUGGAAAAGAGGCGAAGUCCUAAUUAGUGGGUUGGGUAUAAUUGGCCUUCUAAAUUGAGAGGGAGAAAUGGCUUAGAAAUAAAAAUAUAUAUAAUUUUUUAGGAUUAGCAGAAUCGCUGCUCAUAUUUUCGUCGUUAGCUCUUCUUCAAGUCAUAUGUUGCUCAUCCUCCUCGUUCCUCUGCUCUCAUUAUCAGCAGCUCAGAGGAUGAUCACAGCACUGUCACAGUCCCCUCUGAAGACUCCUGGCUCUGCAAAUCACAGUGGAUAAAUGUAAAGGGUUGGAUAUUGGUUGGGAAUGGGGGGCAGGGGAUGGAAGGGGAUGGAAGGGGAUGGUGGAGGGCUUUCCAGGGUGUUCAGACAGCUCUCUGGAACUGGCUGGAACUGACACUUCACAGAGCAGCUCUGGCUUGCACCCGUUUGAAGUACUUGCUCAGGGGCUGUCCGCCGGGGUCUCGGCACCUGGAGAACGGAAGCGUCUCUCAAAGACGCCGCGGCUUUGGAGUGCACACUUCAAACUGUUUGCCUAGACCCUUUGAAACUCUUCAUAUCUCGUCAUAUCUCUCUCUUUGACAUCGUGGACAAAAUGGAAGGCUUUCACACUGCGCUGCUUGCGACGCCUGCGCUGACUGCACUGCUGACUGCGAGGCUCAUUAAUUCUCCAGCCAUGCGCUGAAACAUGCAAGAUCUGAUGAAGAUCUGCAGGCUUUUUCUUUUUAAAAGGGACCUAAAUGUUAUUAAUUGUAAAUAAUUUGUAUGUAAUGAUGAUAAUUGUUUGGUUGGUUGUACCAGGGAUAUGUUUUUGGGAAUAUGUUAAAGGGUGUAGUUUAAUAUGUUUAUAUGUCUAUAGUGUUAAAGCUGUUCACUUAUCACUAAUAUAGUUCACUGUUCAAAGUUCAAAUUCAGUUUAAAUAUUAGAAGUUAAACCAGUCUGUUUAAUGUCCGUUUCCUUACAGAAUGCUUAAAAAAAAAACUUUCCCAAAUGCCUUCUGUUUAAUAUGUCACAUUUUCAUAUUGUAUAACAACAUUGUUCAUGAAUUAACUAUUGCUAUGAACUAAUUAAAUACUUUUUAAACAGUUUUAACCUUAAUUUUAACUUUUCACAAUUAUAUAAUUACACAAUUGGGAUGCACUGAAUAUUAGGAAAUUCAAUAUUUUGGCCGGAAAAAGCAGCAAAAAUAGGUAAAAAUGCUAAAUAAAUUAUAUCAACAUUGACAUUGUCUUUGAAAAGUAACUAAAAACUAAAUGUAGGCUACUUAAUUACCGCAUGUCAAAAAGAAAUUGGUGAAAAAAUGUGUAGGAGAAAAAAAAAACAUUAUUUUUGCUGUGACAGAUUUUCACCAAAUAAUAAAAUAAUAAAAAAUUAAGCUAUUUAAUUCAUGCAGUCAUAAAAAUCAGUGGCAAACAGUUUCAGUGCAUCCCUUCACAUAGAGUACCAGUCAAAAGUUUGGACACUUUAUUUCUUUUAUAUCUUUAUUUAAUUUAUUUUCUACAUUUGUAGAUUAAUAUUAAAGACAUAAAAACAAUUAAGGGGCACGUAUGGAAUUGGGUAGUAAACUGUAAAAAAAAAAAAAAAAAAAAGUGUUAUCAACUGAGAUGGUAUGAAGUAAAACCUAAACCAUAUUCUAUUUAUAUUCUACUUUUUGUGUUAAAAUAAUUCAGCAUGUGAUCCUGUAUAGCUUUAAUAUAGUCUUCAAUAUUAAAUUUACAAUGUAAAAAUAAAUCAUACAAGGAAAGAAAACACAUUGAAUUAAGAAAAAGAGGUGUGUCCAAACUUUUGGCUUUCAUUUGUACUAUUAUUUGUGGUUCAAUCCAGAUUGUCUCAUUUAAUGUCAGAUUAGAACGAAAUUGAAUAUCAACAGUCCAUAUCUGACAGUUUUACGCAUGUUUUUUUUCACAUAUAUCUGGAUAUAUGCUAUCCACAGACAGCACAGCUCCACUGAACAUAUAUUAACACUUUGUAGCUCUAUAAUUACAGAGUUUAGCUUCUGUCUCUGGCUUUACAUUAUCUACAGGGUGUUUCAGCUGUAGGUAGGAGUGUGUAAUAGAGUGGAGGACAGUGAAAGAUGAUUAAACACAGUGUUUAAAAACUCUAGCAGCACUGCUGCAGUAUCUGAUCCAAUCACUGUACCAGCAGCACAACACACACUAACAUACACCUCAUACACCACCACCAUGCUAAUCAGUGCUAAUCACUGCAGUGCUGAGAAUAGUGAGCCACCACCCAAAUAAUAAUAAUAAUAAUAAUAAUAAUAAUAAUAAUAAUAAUAAUAAUAGCUGAUCUGUCUAAUGAAGUUUUGUCCUCUUUGUGUUCAGGAAUAUUUUUAAAACAUAUUUUUAAAAUAUCCAGAUGCAUGUAAACCAUUGUACUCAGAGCAGCUUGUCUUUCACUGUGUUUCUCGUGCCAAUGAUAACUGCCUUACAGAUAUUCCUGAAAGAUCUAGAUGUAAGGUUUGACUAAAGUUCAUCAUUAUUGUAUAUUUUAUGCUUUUAAUCACCUGAACUCGGGUAGGUUUUAGCAAUAACUUAAGCCAUGUAUGUUAAUAUAUUAUACAGAUAUACAGAACUUUUAAAUGAUCUUGUUUUUAUAUAAAAGCUUAUUCUCAUGCAAUAAAUGAACGGGUUAUCAAUAA